GAGCCUCGGGGGAUACCGUACUGCGGAUCAGUCCAUGUCAGUGACGGGGGGAUGUCCAGCAGGAUAUCCGCUGUCUCUCCGCCUAUCCCGCCUCCCAGCCCAGCUCCUGCCUCGUUACUCGCCGAGCAUAGUGACCCGGUAGCGGCCGGCGUCUCGGGCGGGGAAGGAGACGGAUCGAACGGGUGGCGGCCCGCGUGUAGGUUGCCCGGUCUCCCCCCCCCGCGGGCGGAGCGGAUGCUGGGUUCCGGCAUCACAGGUAAUGGCAGCGGAGUGAGCGGUGGCGGUGACAGCUGAUGAUCCCCCGCAGAGAGCUCCCCAGCGCCGCGUCUGACAGGUUUUAACAUUGAAACCCCACCAUGUCAUUGAAGCCACGAGUUGUGGAUUUUGAUGAAACAUGGAACAAACUUUUAACAACAAUCAACGCUGUUGUCAAGUUGGAUUAUGUUGAGAGAGCAACUUGGAAUGACCGCUUCUCAGAUAUUUAUGCAUUGUGUGUUGCCUAUCCAGAACCCCUUGGAGAGAGAUUGUAUACAGAAACUAAAACCUUUCUGGAAAACCAUGUUUUGCAGUUGCAUGCGAAAGUAUUGGGAUCAGCAGAACAAGUCCUAGUAGUUUAUCACAGGUCCUGGGAGGAAUACAGCAGAGGAGCCGACUACAUGGACUGUUUAUACAGGUAUCUCAACACACAGUUCAUAAAAAAGAACAAGCUGACAGAAGCGGACCUGCAAUAUGGCUACGGUGGUGUAGAUAUGAAUGAGCCACUGAUGGAGAUAGGAGAAUUAGCACUUGAUAUGUGGCGGAAGCUGAUGGUUGAACCACUGCAGGGCACCCUCCUUAGAAUGCUGCUCAGAGAGAUUAAAAGUGAUCGAUGUGGGGAAGACCCAAAUCAAAAAGUAAUCCAUGGGGUUAUCAACUCCUUUGUUCAUGUUGAACAGUAUAAGAAAAAAUUUCCCUUAAAGUUUUAUCAAGAAAUUUUUGAGUGGCCUUUUCUGGCUGAAACAGGGGAGUAUUACAAGCAAGAGGCUUCAAAUUUAUUACAAGAGUCAAACUGCUCACAGUAUAUGGAAAAAAUUUUAGGUAGAUUAAAAGAUGAAGAGAUUCGAUGUAGGAAGUAUUUAAACCCCAGUUCAUAUAGUAAAGUCAUUCAUGAAUGCCAACAGAGAAUGGUCGCCGACCACUUGCAGUUCCUACACGCAGAAUGUCACAAUAUCAUUAGGCAAGAAAGGAGAAGUGACAUGGCCAAUAUGUAUACCCUUCUUCGUGCUGUAUCCAAUGGCUUACCUCACAUGAUUCAGGAAUUACAAAACCAUAUCCACGAUGAGGGCCUUAGAGCGAUCAGUAAUCUUUCUCAGGAAAAUAUGCCAACCCAAUUUGUGGAGUCUGUUUUGGAAGUCCACAGUAAAUUUGUUCAGCUUGUCAACACGGUUUUAAAUGGAGAUCAACAUUUUAUGAGUGCACUAGACAAGGCACUCACAUGUGUUGUGAACUACAGAGAGCCCAAAUCAGUCUGCAAAGCACCUGAAUUGCUGGCUAAGUAUUGUGACAACAUGUUGAAGAAAUCAGCCAAGGGAAUGACGGAGAAUGAAGUGGAGGACAAGCUGACAAGUUUUAUUACAGUUUUCAAGUACAUUGAUGACAAAGACGUUUUCCAGAAGUUCUAUGCUAGAAUGUUGGCAAAACGAUUAAUUCAUGGUUUGUCAAUGUCAAUGGACUCUGAAGAGACGAUGAUAAAUAAAUUAAAGCAAGCAUGUGGGUACGAGUUUACCAGCAAGCUGCAUCGAAUGUAUACAGACAUGAGCGUCAGCACUGAUCUCAACAACAAGUUUAACAACUUCAUCAAGAAUCAAGACACUGUUAUAGACCUGGGCAUCAGCUUUCAGAUAUACGUAUUACAGGCAGGCGCCUGGCCGCUGACUCAGGCUCCAUCCUCCACCUUUGCCAUCCCUCAGGAACUGGAAAAGAGUGUUCAAAUGUUUGAAUUAUUUUACAACCAGCAUUUCAGUGGCAGAAAGCUGACGUGGUUGCACUAUCUGUGUACAGGUGAGGUGAAAAUGAAUUACCUGUCUAAGCCCUAUGUAGCCAUGGUAACUACUUACCAAAUGGCUGUCCUGCUUGCCUUCAACAACAGUGAAUCUGUCACCUACAAGGAGCUACAAGAUAGUACUCAGAUGAAUGAGAAAGAGCUGACCAAAACCAUCAAGUCUCUACUAGAUGUCAAGAUGAUAAACCAUGAUUGCGACAAGGAAGAUGUGGACGGUGAAUCAAUGUUUUCAUUAAAUAUGACAUUCAGCAGUAAAAGGACAAAAUUUAAAAUCACUACACCAAUGCAGAAGGACACACCACAAGGGGCACAAACCACGUGUGCUGACGAGUCUAUGCUUUGGAGAGGAGAAUGGAGCUUCUCUCUGGAAGUGGAACAGACCCGAAGUGCUGUAGAUGAAGACAGAAAAAUGUACCUUCAAGCUGCUAUAGUGCGUAUCAUGAAAGCACGCAAAGUGCUGCGACAUAAUGCACUGAUACAGGAGGUGAUCAGCCAGUCCAGAGCUCGCUUUAACCCAAGCAUCAGCAUGAUCAAGAAGUGUAUUGAGGUUCUCAUAGACAAGCAGUACAUAGAGCGCAGCCAGGCCUCCGCAGAUGAAUACAGUUACGUAGCAUGAUGCUGUCCUCACGUUGGCGAAUGUGAAAGGAAUUCAUCACCGUCACUGUUUGGUGAAGAAGCAGGUCUUUUGCCUCCAUACUCGGUCCCGCGGCAGUCCCUGUCUUUCUGCUGUUUACAACAUCACCAGUGCCACGUCAUGCGUCAAGAGAAAAUGCCUAUAAAUAUUUCAAGCUCAUGCCAUUGUAACAUUUCUUACAACGCUACUAAACGGAAUGAGUGAAGUAUUUCUGGAAUGUGGAAAUUAAUUUUUUUUGUUUUUUAUUUUGGUUGGGUAACUACUUUUUCUCCCCUUCCUCAUCACGUUUGCAGUUGAUGUGGGUUUAUUUUUUUUUUUAAAUAUAUCUUAAAGGACCUAAAGUGAAAACUAAAUAUUGUAAUAUUAAAAAAAAAACAAAAAACUAAUAAUUGUAUCUACUUUAAAAUGUACAAAAUGACAAACAUGAUAUUGCUGCUUGUCAGAUUACAAAAUAAAGAAAUGUACGAAGAAA